CUGCUGGGAGGAGCUGAGAAGGCGCUGGGGAGCGGUGUUCCUUGGAGGAUAAAAAGAGGGGAGAACCGAGUGUUUGGGGUAAGCAGCUGCGGUUGGAGGUGUGUGAAGAGGCAGCCGGCCUGCCCCCCCCCAUUCCCGGCCUGCCCCUCCCCGUUCCCGGCCGCCCCGCAGCUAAAGGCGGCCCGGAGCUGGUCCGGGGGCUGUGGCAGCGUGCCGAGAGCCCGUCCCAUGGAAUAUAAACCUGCAUCGCCUCAUGGUUUGGUGUGUUGUAUGUCCUUCCCCAUCCCCGUUUAUUUUGGUUCAGUUCCUUAUCUGAAAAAGUUAUCUUAAAAAGAUCUUAGAGACCUCUUUGCUUUAGUUGCAGUAAUGCUUAUAGAGCGCUCUCUGUUUAGAUGAUAGAAAUGCAUCAAAACCGGCGCGACACGAAAUAUAUGGGACCAAUGAGUGCACUCUGGUUGGCCCGGAGGGCCUGUUAAUGCUCCUUAGUCAAGCGUAUCCAAAUAGUACUUUGGAUGUUCUAAAAACAAAACUCUGUUUAGAAAUUAGGGCUCGUUUGUACUUAAUUAAAGUGCUUAACCUAAACUGGUGAAAAUGUUACUUAAGCUUUCUAUAAUCUUGAUCUACCCUACUAGAAAAGAGACAGAUAACUUGCAUGAUGGUAAAGGAUAUCAAGCGGCCUGUGUGCUCUGCAUCUCAGCAUUGUGACUUUAAUAACUGAAUCAUUUAGCUUUUCAUUGUUUUUAACAUAGCCUUCAAAAACUAAAACUUUUCUCUACUAUUUCCAAGUCAGGCUCUUCUCUGCAGGCUGUCCUGCAUUUCUAUGACUAAUAAAGGUAGACCAGAUCCGACUCGGAAGUGGUCUGCUCUUCAAGGGAGUCCUGCCUUGGAGUGAUGCUCCUCACAGACAGUUUCCUUCCAGCAGAAGUCUGUCAGGAGUCUCAGUUGUAUGGAUUAAUUUUAUAUUUUUUGCCAUUAUAUCAAGACUACUGAACUAAGAAGGAAAAAAUCCUUCGACUGGUGGGUUUUUCCCCCCCCUUAGAAAGAGUCAUGGAAUCUGCUUAAAUAUCACUGCUUUGUUUUUGCAGUCUCUGUUUUUCAGGGGCUGCAUUCAGCCUUUGCACAGGAGGGAAGGCUGUGCAGCAUUAGGCAGAUAACACUGCUGGCAUGUGUUCUCAGUGUGGAAAACAGGAAUGAGGAAGCUAAAUGUAAACUCAUCCCUGAAACCAAAGCAGAAUCAUUGUUAUGAAACUGGUUUAUAAGGUUAUUCUUUGGUUUGGGCUUGUUUUUAUUUUUUUUUUCUUCCUUUUUGUAGACCUUUCCCGUGCUUUGAGAAUGGAGUCAUUACCUCAAGUGAAGGAUGCUGGGUUCUGCUAAAUUUUCCUCUGGCAACAUUGAAUGUUUCAAUGGACACUGUUUAAGAUCGAUGAGAAAAAACAUGGCGCCCUGUUCAGACUCUAGCUUUGACAAAAGCAUGGAAAUACUAAGUGAAAAUGUCAAUCGACACUUUUCAAGGCAGUUGGCAAAGCCAAAAUCAGGCCCAAAAAAAGACUAUAAAGAGGUGUCCAGAACACUGAAGACCAGAGCUGAUGCAAAAGCUGCUGAGCAAGCCCAUGAAGAAAAUGGGGAUUUGGAGGUUCGCCGCAGCUGCAGGCUUCGACAAAGCCGUUACACCACUACAAAUGACUCUGUUUUGUUUGACAAACUUAUAACAAAUACUGCAGAAGCAGUCUUGCAAAAAAUGGAUGACAUGGAGAAGAUGCGUAGACGGCGGAGGAUGGGAGACCUGGAGGAGUUCCACGACACAGAAGAAGAAAGCCUCGAUAUGGAAAGGACUGACGAAGAAAUAGCUGAUAAUCAAGGGGGUUCCUCAGAAGAAAGUGAAGCCAAAGAAGACGAUGGUGAAGACACUCGAAAGCGUUACUCCUUUCGGCAGAGGAAAACUGUUGAGCGUUAUCAAGCUCCAUUGCAAAAACCAAGACAACGUAAAAUGUAUUUUGCUGACAGGUCUUCGCCCGUCAGACAGAGAGAUUCAUGCAAGGGAACUAACAGACGGAGACACACAGUCCCCAGCAGUGAUUCCUCUUCCUCAUCUGAUGAUGAAGAGGAUUUUGAGAGGCAGAGGAAGAACAGAAAUUUAAGAAGGUCUCUUCCUGUCAACUUUCGGAAAAGUGAUUUAAAGGGAGUUCACAAGGACCGCAUGAAAAUUGGAGCGAGUCUGGCUGAUGUUGAUCCAGUGCAAAUAGAUUGUUCAGUACGAUUUGAUGGCGUGGGUGGUCUUUCUGACCACAUUUCAGCUUUAAAAGAGAUGGUGGUUUUUCCAUUGCUUUAUCCAGAAGUCUUUGAGAGGUUCAAAAUUCAACCUCCAAGAGGCUGUCUAUUCUAUGGCCCACCAGGGACUGGAAAGACAUUGGUUGCUCGUGCACUUGCUAAUGAAUGUAGCCAAGGUGACAGGAGAGUAGCCUUUUUUAUGAGAAAAGGUGCUGACUGCCUCAGUAAAUGGGUCGGGGAAUCUGAACGACAGCUUCGUUUGUUAUUUGAUCAGGCCUACCAGAUGCGACCUUCAAUUAUUUUCUUUGAUGAGAUCGAUGGUCUUGCUCCUGUACGGUCCAGUAAACAAGACCAGGUUCAUAGCUCUGUUGUAUCCACACUUCUGGCACUUAUGGAUGGCUUAGACAGCAGAGGAGAGGUUGUGGUAAUUGGAGCCACCAACAGGCUGGAUUCUAUAGAUCCUGCUUUACGAAGACCAGGACGCUUUGAUCGAGAAUUCCUCUUCAGCUUGCCAAACAAAGAGGCGAGAAAAGAGAUUUUCAAAAUCCACACACGAGACUGGACCCUGAAGCCAUUGGACAAGUUUCUUGAAGAGCUGGCUGAGAAAUGUGUUGGAUACUGUGGUGCUGAUAUUAAAGCCUUAUGUGCUGAAGCUGCUCUCUGCGCUUUGCGCCGCCGCUAUCCUCAGAUAUAUGAAAGGAGUGAGAAACUGCAGUUGGACAUUGCUUCAAUUAAAAUAACAGCAAAGGAUUUUGUCAUGGCCAUGCAGAAGACUGUUCCAGCUUCCCAGAGGGCUGUGGCUUCACCUGGACGAGCGCUAUCACCUAUUUUAAAACCACUGUUAGAAAAUACUCUGGAAAGAAUUUUACAAGCCUUGCAGAGAGUAUUUCCCCACGCAGAGCUUGCACUGAAGAAGGACCAACAGCAAGGAAAUGAUGUGAUUGACAGUGAAGAGGAAUCACCAUCAAUCUUUGAAGAGAAGCCAACUCAUAAAAUGCCUGAUCGUGAAAAGGCAGAAUUCCUCACUUUAAACAGAAAUCCUCGUUGCCAGCCAACAUCUUUCAGGCCACGGUUCUUAUUAGUUGAAGAUCCAGGGUGUGGGCAGGCUUUUCAUCUGGCACCUGCAGUAAUCCAUGCCCUGGAGAAGUUUCCCGUUUAUACACUAGACCUGCCUGCUUUAUUUGUUAGUACCACAUCCCCAGAAGAAACAUGUGCACAGUUGAUGCGAGAAGCUCAAAGAACAGCACCAAGUAUCAUUUAUGUCCCACAAAUCCCUUUGUGGUGGGAGACUGUUGGACCUACAGUGAAAGCUGUUUUUACAACACUACUGCAGAACAUUCCAACGUUUGCUCCAGUUCUGCUCCUUGCAACAACUGAUGUGAAACAUGGAGAUCUCCCAGAAGAGAUAAAAGCUUUGUUUAAUAAGGAUCAUGAAGAAGUUUUCAAAAUCCAGUGGCCUACCUGUGCUGAAAGAAGAAGUUUUUUUGAGGACUUAGUUAUGAAGCAAGCUGCUGAACCUCCUGCAUCAAAAAACAACUCAGUUCGGCGGCCAUUGGAAGUUCUGCCUGUAGCACCACCACCUAAGCCCCGACAGCUGACAGAGGAAGAAAUAAGACAGCUGGAGGAGCAGGAAGAGGAUACAUUGCGUGAACUGAGGAUUUAUUUAAGGGAUGUGACUCACAGACUUGUCAUUGACAGACGUUUCAGGGCAUUCACAAAGCCUGUUGACCCAGAGGAGGUACCUGAUUACAAUGCUGUUAUUAAACAACCCAUGGACCUCUCCACAGUUCUCUCCAAGAUUGACACGCACCAGUACCCAACUGCAAGAGACUUUCUUCAAGAUAUUGAUCUCAUCUGUAGCAAUGCUUUAGAGUACAACCCAGUUAAAGAUCCUGGAGAUCGUCUCCUUAGGCACAGAGCCUGUGCUUUGAGAGAUACUGCCUAUUCCAUAGUGAGGGAGGAAAUGGAUGAAGAUUUUGAACAACGCUGUCAAGAAAUCAAACAAUCUCGUAAGCAAAGAGGUUCAGACUGCGCUUCCUCUUACUUCUGUGUAUUGCCAAAGGAGGACUCUGUUCCUGGGUGUACGAAAACAGACCCAAAGUGUAACGAAAACCUGAAGAUGCCAGCAGGGCCUGUAGAUGCCAGUACCCCCUGUUCUAAGGGUAAGUCAAAAAGAAAACGCAGAAAGAAUAGAGCGUCUUCAAGUAUUGCAGCAAAGAAGAGGAAUGUUCAGUUCAAUAAAGAAAAUAAAAUUCCUGAAGAUGAAAAUGAAGUAGAGAGUAAUGAAGAGUCUAACACAGAUUGCGCUGAAUUUGCAGCCUCUCAGGAUGCUCCUAUUGAAGAACAUGAAAAUGUACUUCAAGAACGACAGAAAAAUGGGACAGAAAAUGAAAGAGAGAGAGUUCUCCUUGUGGGUAAAUCUCCUGGAAAAAAGAGAGAACAUUCAGACCUUAGAGAGCAGAGUGAGAUGCCAGAUUGUCAAAAAGCUGGAACUUCUGAAGACGGAGGUUCAAAUGAUUUGUGGGUACACCGUAUGACUCGUGCGAGAUCUUCUCAGGUGGAAGAGAAGCAGCUGGGAUGUGGUGGGAAAGCCAUGAAAAUUGGCACACAGAGAGUGUUUGUGGAUUACUGUGAGCUCAAACAAGUGUUGCAUUCUAUUGCCGUGGUAACUGAGAACGUCAGUAUAUUUCGCAUGGAAAAACUAUAUGCUGUCCUUAGCCAGUGCAUUUACCAACAUCGGGAAGAUGGUGACAAAAACGAAUUAGUGAAGGCAAUGAAAAAAGAAAUUACAGCCUUCAGUUAUCCAUGAUACUUGAUUUCAGCGCACUUGGCACACUGUAAUGUUUUCUUUUUAUUGCAUGCUGUUUUUCUUUGCAUAGUUCAAUAAAUACUAGGUCUACAUAUAUAUUUAUACAAAUAUAUCUUAAAAUUUAUUAAGACAGGUCAAAUAAAGUCAUUUAAUGACUUUUAUUUGAUACUUCCCUUCUAGAUAUGUAUAUUUUAAUGUGACAUACUGCUGUGAUUGCCUUUGGAACUCAGCAGAUCUGAAUAGAUAAUUUCAGUACCUCUCUUUAAAAGAAAACCUAACUUGAAACAAAGCAAGAUUUACUACUGUAACUUUCUAAGGUAAAGUUUAAAGUUUAAUUGUAAUAAUGACAAUCUUAAUACUGGAGAAAAACAUUUUAAUACAAAUUUGUUAGUUCAUCAGAUGGCUUGUAGUUGAACUCAGUUGUAAAUAGUUUUCUAGUUACCCGGGAAGAAUUAUAUCUGAUUAUUACAUAAAAGUGAAUAUAUUGUUGGCGAUAAAUAUAUUGAAGUAAAAGCAAAGCAGUACCCUGUUUUGAAGAAGUAUUUCUCUUCAAAUCUGCAGAGAGAAUUUAUCUGUUAAUUUGAUAGUUAUUAAAAAAAAAAAAAAAAGAGACAAAAGUUAACUAUAUGAGAAUUAAAGUUUAUAUAAAUGGUGAUAAAAUGUGUCAUGACCUUUUGCUCUUCUGUUCUGUCACCUCACACACACAAUGUGUGGCGAUACUGAACGCCGAACUGUGCAAUCCCUCUUUGUGUGUGUUUGGUUUCUUACCUCUGUCAAUAGUGUUCUCUUUGUGUCCUUCUACUGUGUUUGUUCAAACAUUGGUGUGCUAUGCAGAUUUUUUUUUUCUCUGUAUUGUUUGGUGGGUAUUAAUAAAAAAUUCAUCUCUUUUUA